UCAUCCGGGUGCUGCGGCGCCAAUAAGAGCCGGACCGCGCCUGCGCGCUAAGCCCCAUUUCUUCGACCUCUGGCGCACCCGGUUCCGCUGCUACCUCUCGGGAAGAGAGGAAGCGGGAGAGGAGCCCACGUAGCGUGUCACACAAGACCUCCAGCCGCGUGGUCCCGAAGAGCGUAAGAUGUUCGCUUGCGCCAAGCUCGCCUGUACACCCGCUCUGAUCCGAGCUGGAUCCAGAGUUGCAUACAGACCAAUUUCUGCAUCAGUGUUAUCUCGACCAGAGACCAGGAAUGGAGAGGGCUCUACGGUAUUUAAUGGGGCCCAGAAUGGUGUAUCUCAGCUAAUCCAAAGGGAGUUUCAGACCAGUGCAGUCAGCAGAGACAUUGAUACUGCUGCCAAAUUUAUUGGUGCGGGUGCUGCAACAGUAGGAGUGGCUGGUUCUGGUGCUGGUAUUGGAACAGUCUUUGGCAGCCUUAUCAUUGGUUAUGCCAGAAACCCUUCGCUGAAGCAGCAGCUGUUCUCAUAUGCUAUCCUGGGAUUUGCCUUGUCUGAAGCUAUGGGUCUCUUUUGUUUGAUGGUUGCUUUCUUGAUUUUGUUUGCCAUGUAACAAAUUACUGCUUGACAUGUUGGCAUUCAUAUUAAUUACGGAUGUAAUUCUGUGUAUCUUACUGUGACUCCAAAAACUGUAGUAUUGGUGUCAUGGAAAUAUAUAUUGUUUCCAAAGUCACUUCAUUAAAGAUGAAAACUUUAAUUUCUUCUGUGAUUUGUACUUACACUAAGUUUAGAUAAGAAGAACGUGCAUUCAGGCAGAUGCUGUCCAAUUCAAAGGAAGCUACGGCAGUUGUUCCACUGAUGAAAAAUAUCCCAAUGUAAUUUUUAUGGGAAUUCUUUUAUAUAGUGUUCUGCACAUUGUAAUUCAUGGGGCUUUUGUUUAUUCAUAUAAAGGAUAAAUAUUUGGGUGUUUUAAGCUUCUAUAAAAUAUUAAAGAUAGUUAAUACUCAAGAUGGUCUUGUGUUUUUAAGACUAACCUCAGAAUACAUCAAAUCAGAACCACCUUCCAUCAAAUCAGAAUUACCUUCCAAAUGAUUGGUUCUAAAAAUAAAUCACAUAAGCUUUUUAGGGAAUGAAGCCUUAAGCUGGGGGAUAAUGUGAUUUUUGUUUUUCAGUAAGUUUCAUAUUAAGCAAUUGUGUGCCUAUAAUGAAUCUUUCAUGUCUUUUCAGAACAGGGUCAGUCCAACUAGCAGCUAGCUUUUUACUUGAACAAGACUAUUAAAAACCAGAUAUCAAAAAGUAAACUGAAUUGGCUAGAUUUUUUAAGCCAAAAGUUGCUGUAAGCCAGUAUUUAUCACUGUUGCUCACAUGUGUAUAGUGAGAGUCUUUGGGAUGAUAGCUGGUUCAAUAGUAUUUUGCUUCUAAUUUAUGUUGCUUCUUGAUCAAACUUUUCCCAUUCAAAGGAAGUAGGUGGUGCUACUAUAGACAGUUUUUCCCCUAGCAAAUUAUAUUGUACCAUGUUAUCUAUCAUCCAAGUUUCAGGGUUUUUUGAAAGUUAAGAUGACAAUUCGGAAAGCUACAUUUUACUUCUUUUAGUGCCCUUUGCCUGUUUGGUUUCCAUUGAGAAAGAGUAGUCAGUUAACAGAGUUCUUCAAGUGUGGUGAGAAGACCACCUCCAUCAGAAUCUGCUCUUUUAAAAAAUAAAAAUCCCUAGGUUCCAGACCUACUGAAUUGGACUCUUUAGAUAUGAGAUUCAGCAAGCUGCAUCUUUAAAAAGGCGUCCCAGGUGAUUUUUGUGCAUACUGUUUGAGGAUCACUAAAUUAUACAUUACCUUCUAUAAAGUGAAAUGAGGCCCAAAAAAGCUAGAGGUAGAGCUGCUCCCACUUUUUUGUUGAUCCAUCAUCUAGUCUAUAUCAAAUAUGAAAUUUCUGGAGCCCAAGCUAUUUUCUUGAACAGCACUACUCAAUAUUUCAACUGAGCAAUGUAAAUAAGCACUAUUAUAUGACCCAGCAAUUCCAUGCCUGGAUAUACACCCAAAAGAAUUGAAAAUCAGUAUUCAAACAAAAACCUGUAUACAAGUAGUCAUAGAAGCACUACUUAACAAUAGCCAAAAGGUAGGAACAACCAAAUGUCUAUCAGCCAAUGAAUGAAAAAGUAAAAUACAUCCAUAUAAUAGAAUAUUCAGCCAUGAAAGGGAAUGAGGUGCUGAUACAUGCUGAAUAAAUGUGAGUGAACCCUAAAAACACGCUAAGUGGAAGAAGCCAGACACAUGAUUCCAUUUAUAUGAAAUAUCCAAGUAGUGACAAAGCCAAUUAGUAGUUACCAAGAACUAGGGAGAGGGGAGAAUAGGGAGUGCCUGCUUAAUGCAUAUGGGGAUUUCUUUUAAGAUGAUGAAAAUGAUGAAUUACAGCUGGUCCUAUGGUAGUAGGUUAUCAGAACUUAGUCUCAUUAAAGUUGGUAUAUAGCCCCUCACUGCUAAAUUUGGCUUAAAAAUAAUUUAAUUUGAUGAAUUAUUGGUAAUGGUUGUACAACAUUGUAAAUAUACUAUCAUAAAUGUCACUGAAUUGUACACUUUAAGGUGGUUAAAAUGGCAAAUUUUACAUAUCUUCUACUGCAAUGAAGUACUGUACUAUUUAAUACAAGUACAUAGUAUAAAAUUUUAAAAGUGAUAGGGAAAUGCUUAGAUUAAUAGUCAUCUGUUCCAAGUGUAUUUUAAAUAAAAUCAGUCUUGGUAA